AUGAUACAAGCUGUACGUCCCAACAAAAAACUUACUGAAAUCAUAAACAACUUAGGAAAAGAAAAAUUGAUUUCAGUCGAGUUGAAUCCAUACAAACCCAUAGACUACAAUAUCCUGACAAGAAUCAACCCAAGUUUCUGUUCGGUUACUUGGAUAGCCAAUCGAAAUGAACCCAAGAACCCAAAAUUAUUACCACCAGUCAUGAUUUCCAAAGAAUUGAUCAGAAAAGGUUACUUGGUGCUAGUCCACAUCCCUGGAAUUUUUUAUACUAAGGAGAGCAUGAGGAAGAUUCUGUUGACCCUGAAGGAAUAUGGCGUUAGCAAUAUUUUCGCAAUGAGAGGAGGUGGGCCUUGGUUGAAGAUAGAAAACUGCGAUUUUCCAUUUGCCCAAGACUUCAUAGAGUUUAUACGAAGUGAGUUUGGCGAUUAUUUUGAAAUAGUAAUUGCUGGUUUUCCUCAUGUACACCCAGCAACACGUUCGAUGGAAGACGAAAUGUUUUUCUUGAGGCAGAAGAUUGCAGCUGGCGCUAGCCUCAUCUGUACUCAAGCCUGCAUGUCUCCUCAAAGGUACUUGGACUAUAGGCAAAUCUGUACCGAACAUGCGAUAGAUAUUCCGAUAAUAUUCGGGCUUUUGAUGUUUAGAUCUUAUAAUGAUUUCGUUAGAGUUAAAAGAAUGUGUUUAUAUAUUGACAAGAAUGUUUAUAAAGAUGCGCUUCAAGCCAAAAGAGCUAACCAGACGAAGGAGCAUAGUAGAAAGUGGACUAGGUAUCUCAUUAAGGAACUUCUCAAAAGUGACCUUACAGUAGGUGUACAUAUCUUCACCCAAAAUUUCUUCGAAUUAGCUAAUAAUAUACUUACUGAAACUGACGCGAAUAAUUAUAAAGCAGAUUUGAAAAAGAAACACAAGGUAUUUUAA